UUCUUAUACCGGCAUGUUGUUACCUAUCUUGACAUGGCGUUAACUCCUGUUUGAGAAAUGGUGUUGACAGUUAACUUCUAGUUUCAUGCUUUUCGAUCGUGCUGCGGUACUCGUUGCUGUUACUGCUGACAUCAAAAUGUUCGGACAAACCAGUAUCAUUCGCAACUUGCCGGCGUACGCCUUGCCGGUGACGAAAAGCGAACUGUACGUUUACGCGUCCGUCGCAUUAUUUGUCGUCAUCUGGUGCCGCAUGCGAUGGCAGUUCAGACACUUUUACCGGCUCGCUGACAAGAUCAAGGGUCCGCCAUCGUAUCCGCUGAACGGGUCACUUUACGAUUUGAGCACGACCCCCGAACAGAUGAUGUACAAUUUCAAAAAGUCGGCUGAAAAUUACGACUACGAGCCCGUAAAAUUGUGGAUUGGUCCAUUUCUUUUCGUCGGUGUUUAUAAGCCAGAGGACGUGCAAAUCGUUUUGAACAGUUCCAAAGCACUGGAAAAGGGCAUUAUAUACCACAUCAUAAGACAUGCAGUCGGCGAGGGCAUAUUUACCGCUCCUAUAGAAAAAUGGAGGAAACACCGACGCAUCAUUGCCACGAUUUUCAGCUCCAAAUUCUUGGACCAACUGUAUCCGAUAUUCAACGAAAACAACAGAAAGUUAGUAGACGACCUCGCGAAUCAUGUCGGUGAAACUCAACCGUUUGACAUCUGGGAUUCUAUAAUAUCGUGUAACCUGAACAACGUGAGCCAAGCUGCGAUGGGCUACAACCUGAACGACAGACGUACGUUGUCCGAGUUCGUGCUCGCCAUGAAGAAAGUUUCAGAAUUGAGCAAGUACAUCAUGAAGCCGUGGCUGUAUAUCGAUCAGAUAUUUUCCAUUUACACGUACUUCAACGGUUUGAAGGUUUACAUGAACCAGUUGGACAGGGUCUCGCUGCAAAUAAUAAGGGACAAAAAGCUCGAGUUCAAGACGUCCGAGUCGCAGCGGUCAGAUGACAAGUCUAGCGGAAACGUCGCCGAUGACUACAAAACAUCUACGAAAGUGUUCUUGGACAAGCUACUCAAGUUGAAUAGCGAAGGAGCUGAUUUCACGGAUGAAGAUCUGAAGGACGAGGUCAUAACGAUGGCAGUUGCGGGAAGCGAUACCAGUGCCAUUAGUGAAUGUUUUUGUGUUCUGUUACUCGGUAUGCACCAAGACGUCCAGGACAAAGUGUAUGAUGAGAUCUACAGCGUACUGGGAGACAGCGAUCGCGACGUUACUCCCGACGACAUUUAUAGGUUUAAAUAUUUGGAGAUGGUUUUAAAAGAAACACUUCGGCUGUUCCCACCAGGAGCGAUUUUUUCGAGAAUAAUUAACGAAAACGUAAAACUCACGAAUUGCGAACUGCCCAAGGGCUCCAACGUGUUCGUGGCGCCGUACGUCACACACCGUUGUCCGAAGCUGUACCCCAAUCCGGAUUCAUUUAAUCCGGAAAACUUUAGUCCCGAGAACGAGUCCAGCCGACACAAGUUUAGCUUUUUGGCGUUCAGCGGCGGUCCAAGAGGAUGUCUAGGUGUCAAGUAUGCGAUGAUAUCGAUGAAACUGAUGAUGGUGGCGUUAUUACGUCGGUACAGCGUGCACACGGACAGCAAAUUGUCGGAUAUAAAGUUGAAAAUUGACUUGUUGGCGAAAAAAGCGGACGGCUACCCGAUCACGAUCCGGCCGAGGAACAGGAUACCACGCGAUAUUGUAGUUUGA